UUUACAGGAAUAAUGACACUUAGCCGCGGGCCGUGUGACCUCGACAACAUGAGUCUAUUUCAAGACCUCAAACUAAAGAGGCGGAAAGUUGACUCCAGAUGUAGCAGCGAUGGCGAGUCGGCGGCCGACACCAGCACUUCGUCACCUGACCCAGGACCGCCUUCGCCGCGUAUGUCUGAAGCCGGGUGCAGCACGCCGCCGCACCCGCCGCCCGUGUUCGAUGGCGGUGGCUCUCCGUCACCUUCACCCGCUUGCCAUCCCACCGUUAUACGCUCGGCGCCACCCUACUCAGUCAUCAAGUUUGAAGGUGCACAAUCCGCUGUCAAAGCAGAAAGUUCGCCUGCGAGUGGAAAAAACCAGCCCACAACGCAGUCUCAGUUGUCUUCAGUGAAGUUGGAAAGCGCACCGCAAGAAUCACCACAACCGUUCAGACCACGUACCCUCGUACCGCCUCCGCCUGGAGUUCACGCUAAUCUAUCACCAGGACAUUGGCCGCCGGCCGCUUGUAUAAAUGGUGUUAAACCUGAACUUAUAGGCGGAAAUUUUCCACCACAGCCGAUUGAAAAUAAACCAGGUGCGCGUGGACAAACACAAUGGAGAGGUACUCCUGCUGUUAUAAUGGGCGAAUCCGGAGGUGUCCGAACAAUGUUCUGGACCUUACCAGCGCCUAGUUCAAGUAGUGAGCCUGCAGCCAGUGCUUCGCAUACUUCAUCCACGCCUUCUCCUGAUCCAGCUUCAUGCAGUGAGGAGUCAGCAGCGAGGCUAUUACUCAAUUUAGGUGGCGAGUUACGACGACCUAGAGGGCCACCAUUGAACAUGGAACUACUCUGGGCCGGAGACGUGUCCCAGCUCCCUGCUCACCAACAAAUUCAUGCGUUAAAUCUGAGCGCCGCUGCCGGAAGCAUCGCGGGUUCUUCUCCAAUGGCAGGUGCUAGUUCCUUAGCGUUACCCAGACCAGAACUGCGUACAUAUGCACCAGAGACUGAACGCGAUGAAGACGAACAACCAAUGAUAUGCAUGAUUUGCGAAGACAAAGCGACUGGACUGCAUUACGGCAUAAUUACUUGUGAAGGCUGUAAGGGAUUUUUCAAACGAACUGUCCAAAACAGAAGGGUUUACACGUGCGUCGCUGACGGUGGCUGUGAAAUUACAAAGGCACAAAGAAAUAGAUGCCAGUAUUGUAGAUUCAAAAAAUGUAUUGAACAAGGAAUGGUUCUACAAGCUGUACGAGAGGACAGGAUGCCUGGUGGGAGGAACAGUGGAGCUGUUUACAAUUUAUACAAAGUGAAAUAUAAGAAGAACAAGAAAGCCAACAAAACAGCUACGGCUACAAGUCGAGCUUCGCCACCAGAAAAACCUAAAGAACCCUUACCCCCACUCCCACCGCAUUUGGUCAAUGGUACCAUACUUAAGACUGCACUAACAAAUCCCAGCGAGGUUGUUCAUUUGAGAGCAAGGCUUGAAAGUGCCGUGUCGUCGUCACGAGAUCGAGCCGUCCCUUUGGACAGGGCGCUGCACAUGAUUCGCGCUCUGAUUGACUGUGACGCUAUGGAAGACAUUGCGACAGUACGACACCUCCCUGACUUGCUUCAUGACACUUCGGAAAUAAGCGACAAAUUGUGUAAGAUCGGUGACUCCAUCGUGCACAAAAUGGUCGCGUGGACGAAAAAACUACCGUUCAUUAUGGAAAUCCCUAUGGAAAUACACUCAAAAUUAUUAAUGGAAAAGUGGCAUGAGAUCUCAGUAUUAACGACGGCGGCGUAUCAAGCGAUGCACGGAAAGCAGACCCACGCUCCUCCCUCGUCAGAUCACGAACAGGACUUUAUGCAAGAGGUAAACGCCAACCUCCGGACAUUGCAGAAUUGCUUGACGUCACUUAUGGGCAGGCCCAUUACGCUGGAGCAGUUGCGAUUGGAUGUAGGACUUGUCGUGGAAAAGAUGACGCAGAUAACCUGUGUUUUCCGUCGCAUACAGCUCCGAAUGGAGGAAUACGUCUGCCUCAAAGUCUAUAUACUGCUUAAUCAAGAAGUCGAACUCGAGGGAAUCCAGGACCGCUACGUGCAAGUACUACGCAGCUACCUUGAACACGCCAACCCGCACCAUCCGGGCAGGCUACAGGAACUGUUCGCCAGAAUCCCAGAGAUCCAGGCGGCGGCUAACUUGCUCCUCGAGAGCAAAAUGUUCUACGUUCCGUUCGUGCUGAACUCGGCGGAGAUCAGAUAG